AUGGCGCUCGCAAUCUUCGGCGACCGUCAGAGCGGUCAGGACGUCCGUACCGCCAAUGCUGCGGCGGUUCAGUCGAUCGCGAACAUUUUGCGGUCCUCUCUCGGACCCCAGGGUUUGGACAAAAUGCUCGUGGACGACAUUGGAGACAUGACAAUUACGAACGACGGCGCGACGAUUCUCAAGCAGCUCGAAGUGCAACAUCCUGCAGCGAAAGUCCUCGUGGAGCUCUCGGAUCUGCAGGACAAAGAAGUGGGAGACGGCACCACGUCCGUCGUUCUCCUUGCCGCCGAGUUUCUCCGGGUCGGAAACCAACUGGUGAAGGAGGGUGUCCACCCCACGGCUGUCAUUGCUGGCUUCAAACUCGCGAUGAAGGAGAGCGUGAAGUAUAUUCAAGAACAUCUGACGUCGCGAGUUGACGCGAACAACAAGGAGGUUCUCCUGAACGUCGCAACAACGACGAUCAGCUCCAAGCUCAUUGGCACUGAAACAAACCACUUUGCAGAUCUCGUUGUCCGUGCCAUUCUCUCCGUCAAGAUGAUCACCGAGCGAGGCGACGUGAAGUAUCCCGUCAGCUCCAUCAACAUCAUCAAGACCCACGGCAAGUCGAUGCGCGAGUCCACCCUCGUUGAAGGCUACGCCCUCAAAGCGGGUCGCGCCGCUCAAGGCAUGCCCCAAUGCGUGAAAAAUGCUAGAGUCGCUCUCCUCGACUUCAAUCUUCGUCAGCACCGAAUGCAGUUAGGUGUGCAGAUUCAGGUCGACAACCCUGAGGAGCUGGAGAAAAUUCGGCAAAAGGAAAAGGACAUCACAGCGGCGAAGAUUCAAAAGAUCCUCGCUUCAGGAGCGAACGUCAUCCUGACCACGCAAGGAAUCGACGAUAUGGCUAUGAAGUAUUUCGUUGAAGCUGGAGCCAUUGCUGUUCGCCGUGUCGACAGAAAAGAUCUCCGUCGAAUUGCAAAAAUUACAGAGGGCACGGUGGUACUCACCAUGGCGACUCUGGACGGAGACGAGAAGUUCGACGCUUCCUGUCUGGGAUCUUGCGAGGAAGUCUAUGAGGAGCGUAUCGGUGACUGGGACCACCUUCUUUUCAAGGGCUGCAAAGGCGGAAAGGCUGCGACUGUCAUUCUUCGGGGAGCUAACGAGUACAUGCUUGACGAAGUGGACCGGUCGGUUCACGACGCUCUCUGCGCGGUGUCUCGAGCUCUGGAGCAUACGCAUGUGUGCCCAGGUGGAGGCGCUGUCGAAACGUCGCUUUCUGUCUACCUGGAAAACUUUGCUCGCACUCUUGGGUCGCGGGAGCAGCUCGCGAUUGCAGCGUUUGCCGAGUCUCUGCUGAUCAUUCCCAAGACGCUCGCCGUGAACGCAGCCCUCGACGCCACGGAGCUCGUGGCCCGUCUCCGCGCGGUGCAUGCAAAGGCUCAGGGUCAGUUGCCGGACGCAGCUGGGAACGGGGACGACGAGCUCAAGUGGCAUGGGCUCGAUCUGGUCACAGGCAAGACGCGAAACAACAUGGCAGCCGGCGUCAUUGAGGCGGCUGUGAGCAAAACGAAGGCCCUCCGCUUUGCUACGGAAGCUGCAGUUACCAUUCUCCGUAUUGACGACCUCAUUAAAAUUGCUCCGGAACCGGAACGGGGACAGCCCGAUGACUAG